CUCAGACCAGAGGAAAUCGUGUUCGUCGGCAGCCAAGUCCGCACGCCAAGACACAUCCAUACAGAGCACGGCGAGGGAGCGGACGGAGUGACAAGAAGGGACUGAAAUCAAGGGGAAGGCUGGUAGGAACAACAGAGAGGUUUAAGGCAAACACACAUUUAGCGGCGAGAGGAGAAAGGACUGGCUGGACCCACACAAGGAGAAGUAGCCUUUACGCGAAGCUAAUUUCCAACAUUUUCUAUUAUUGGCAGCGAGAGUGUGCUCUCCGAGCCACAUUUAUAACGAGAGCUAGCGGAAUGUAAUGCUAGUAAGCUAGCUAAUGUUAGCUAGCUAAUUAGCUUGUAAGGCAUUCAAGGGUCGGACGUGUGAUCGUUAUUAAAAUAGGUCACGGUUUGGCGUCGUUUUACUUUUUUUGGGAGGAAAAAAGACUGUACUUAUUGUGAUUAGUCCAUAAUCCUGGCAUGGUCAUAAUGUUCAGUCUCGAAUAACGUUUGCUAACGCCAAGUUAGACAAUAAACAGUGCUGUAAGCUGCCUCUAUUGAUGAAAAACUGUUCAAAAUUAUCCGUCUUCGCUUUUUGGGAGAAGCCAAAUCUAGUGUGAAUAUCGAGCUGUGGACAAAUCAGAAGGAGAAGGCAAAGGUAAAAAACAGACUUUUGACUGGUGACUGUCUGCCGUCCAAUGUUAAUGUCGACCGACGUUGCAUCUAUAAUGCUACCCGUUAGUCGGGGAAUAAUGGACCGGGAAAGAGACAUUGAUACAGCAGCCGGACCACUUGCAAACGCGGCCGGGGGUCCAGCAGCUGUCCGGGGGAUGAAGCGAGGAGACCCGGAGCCCGACGCUCAGACAGCCGCUGCCCUGACCGACUUAGCCGGAGCGGAGUGCAAAAGACCAAGGAUAGACGGCACCGGGGGUGUUGUUGGUGACAUCGGACAGAACAAUGAGCCUUUAAACCCAGGUUUCCAUGGAUACCCAACUCACAGUCAGGGCUCUCAGGAUUCGACAGGAGGACAGGAGGGAUUGGUGGCCCCACCCUUUUCAGCAUUCCCCCCUCCACCCCCUCCUCAAAACGGGCUACCGGGGACAGAGUUUGGCCCUGGGGCCAUGUUUGGUGCUGGGGGCCAAGGUACAGCAGAGGUAGGGGUCGGUGCUAACGGAGCCACCGCCACUACCGCCACCGCCAACAACAACGGAAAGACAGAGGAGACGUCCCAGGGGGAGGCGGGUGUACAGUGUGGUACAGGAGGCACAGGAGCAGGAGGCUCCGUGGGAGACCCCACAGAGGCCAAAGGGACCCCCAAACGCCUCCACGUCUCAAACAUCCCCUUCCGCUUCCGGGACCCUGACCUCAGGCAGAUGUUUGGGCAAUUUGGAAAGAUUCUGGAUGUAGAGAUUAUUUUCAAUGAGAGGGGUUCAAAGGGUUUUGGCUUUGUGACAUUUGAGACCAGCGCAGACGCAGAGAAAGCCAGGGAAAAGCUUCACGGCACAUUGGUGGAAGGUCGUAAGAUUGAGGUGAAUAACGCCACCGCCAGGGUGAUGACUAACAAGAAAAUGGUCAGCCCCUACCCUAACGGAGAGGCUCUCAGCACACUGCCUUAUGCGGGGUGGAAAUUGAGUCCCAUGGUGGGGGCCGUGUACGGACCAGAGCUCUACGCAGUCCCAGGGUUUCCCUACCCCUCUGCAGCAGCGGCAGCCACCACAGCAGCAGCAGCGUUUCGCGGCGCCCACCUCAGGGGCCGGGGCCGGCCCGUCUACAGCGCGGUGCGGGCUGCCGUGCCUCAGCCUGCCAUCCCUGCCUACCCUGGACUAGUGUUUCAGGACUCAGUCCUUAGUCCCAGAUUGCCUCAGGGAGGCUACCCUGCUGCUGCCGCUGCCGCUGCCUAUCGCUACGCCCAGCCCGCGGCUGUAACCGGAGCAACCGCCGCAGCUGCCGCCUACAGCGACAGUUACGGCCGGGUGUACACUACAGACCCCUACCACGCUUUAGCUCCAGCUGCUGCUGCUUACGGAGUGGGAGCCAUGGCCAGUUUAUACCGGGCGGGAUACAGUAGGUUUGCUCCUUACUAAAACCACAAAUCACACCACAAGGAAUUUCACAUCGCUCCAAAAACCCUUUUCCGAGCUCUUUGUUUGGCAGCAGCUCCCCUCCAUUUUUCUGCAGGCGGACUAUAGUGACAACUCAUGUCUUUUUCUUU